AUAAAUACAUAUUAAUAGUGCGCCUACUGCGCAAACAACCGCUAUGAUUGCAGUGAAUGUGUCGUCUCUAUAGUUCAAAGUUAAAUGUUUAGAAUCGUUGAUAGCUCAUAUUUUGUGUUCAUUCGAAUAAAAAUUAAGAAGAAUGGCGACGAAGGACAAUUUAAAUAACAGUCUACCUUUGCCCGCUGAUUCGAUGCCGGAAUGCUGGUCUAGGGACGAAAGAAUGAAUGCUCUGUUCGCUGAAUUUCGUAACCGUUCAGUCAACAGCCAGGAUUGGGAUUCAAAAUAUAAAUUUUGGGAAAAACUUAUAUCAGACUGGUUAAGUUCCAAACAACGGUGUAUUUUUUCAGUGGCGGAUUUAAAAGUUACAUUUAAAAGGAAUGGUCGGACUCCUCUAUGCUUAACCACUGUAGCUGAAGAACUGCUACGGAACGGGGAAAUAAUCUCUGAAACACAAUUUCUGAAGGACUCGAGCAGUGGAUGGACAGCUUGGGCAAUUGAUACAAUGAUUAAGAAGCCUAUGGUGUGGUCAUUUUCAAAAUUAAAAAAUUAUAUAGUAAAAGAUGUAAUCGACGUUGACGCCAAGUACAUACAUAUGAAAACGUUGAAAGAAUUGGCAAACUUAAUUCUCUCGACCAUCAACGAAGAUAAUGACAACGUUCUCUUAUCUUUGUCACAAAUAACAAAGAAUUGUAUCCAAAAAUCGGGUAAUACGAAUAUAACAGAAACUAAUGUGAAGAUGGCUUUACUUUGGCUGAGAAGAUCUAACAGAGCAACGUUCCGAGGCGAAAUUUUCCAAGAAUCAAACGAAUUUUUGGUCAAAAUUUCUAUAAAUGGUGUCAAGGAAGUUUCUGAAGCAGAACAAGGCUUAUUCAAGCUGAUGGAACAAGAAAAAUUCCUCAUUAAAAACAUAGAACGACUUGAAACUGAGAGAUAUGCUACUUUGAUAAAAGCAAAAACUUCUUUAGCCAACGGUAUGCGAGAAUUGGCAAAAACUUGCAUUAGAAAAAGGCAAGAAAUCGAUAAAACCAUAGAAAAGCGUGCUGCGGCCUUGCAGAAUGUUCAAACUCUCAUAGCCAGAAUACAAGAUGCUAAUUCGAACACAGACAUUCUCGCAGCCUAUAAAACAGGAAGUAAUAUACUGAAGAGCUAUGAGAAUAUUGGACUGAAUGAACAGAAUGUGACCAACACAAUGGACGAUAUAUCCGAGGCUGUCGGUGAACUCGCUGAUUUGCAGGAUAUAAUAUCCACAACGAUAGGAACACGAGAUACGGAUCUAGAAUUGGAAGAGGAGCUACGAGAUCUGCUCGAAACGUCGCCCGCCAACAUCAAACCCAGAGAAAAAGGAAACAAUAUUCUUCCUGACCUCUCGAAUUUGCCUGAUCUUCAGAGCGAGUUGUCGGCUUUAAAUUUAGAAGAGUUUCCACCUCCACCACUGAGUACUCUUCAAUCGAAAACUUUUAAUACGUCACUCCAAAAGGACAAUCCGACCUGAUUUUUUUAAUCCAAUGAACACUAUUUGUUGGUACUCGUAGGAACUGGAAAACUUCACACGUUACAAAAAUGAAAAAUGGAACAGUAAACAAACUAUCUUUUACAUUUUCAUAAAUUGCCGCGGUGUGAUAUCAAUCAUUAUCGAGUGAUUGAUCAUGUUUUAUUCAUUUGUCGUGUUGUGAUAUUAUAUGCUGCCUCAAACUGGCUAAAUUUCGAGUCUCCUAUACAUAGAUAAUUAAAACUAUAAGAGCGACUUGACAUUAUUCAAUACAUGAAACUCCAUGAGCACGAACGAAUUAAAGUAUGACACCUGUAUUUAUUUUCAUUUGAUAAAAUUAAAUUAUUUUGAAGAUUCA